AUGUCGAUUGUUCUCCCCGCCCUCCAGGGCCCAAAGACCCCAGCCUUCGAGUCCUACAAGCCAUACUCCGCCCCAGUGCGUCGCCCAAUCGAGCCUGUUGGCCGUUACUUCUUGGCCCAUGCCACCAGAACCUUGAGAGGCCACACCUGGUCCGAGUUCGAGAAAUUGGAGGCCGAGAAGAACGUCCAAGUUGUCGAGGAGGAUGAGGACGCCGACUUGGGUGACGAGGAGCAAUCCGCCGAGUUGUUGGCCACCAGCCCUAGAGAGUGGAAGGAGGCUGACUUGUACGCCGUUUUGGGAUUGUCCCACUUGAGAUGGAAGGCCACCGAGGACCAGAUCAGACGUGCUCACCGUAAGCAGGUGUUGAAGCACCACCCAGACAAGAAGUCUGCCUCUGGUGGUUUGGACCAAGAUGACUUCUUCAAGGUCAUUCAGAAGGCUUUCGAGGUCAUGACCGACUCCAACAAGAGAGCCCAAUUCGACUCUGUUGAUGAGCUGGCCACUGUGGCUCCACCCUCUGCCAAGUCCGAGUACGAUUUCUUCGAGGCUUGGGGUCCAGUUUUCGAGACCAACGCUCACUUCUCCAAGAAGCAGCCUGUCCCAUUGUUGGGAGACAAGGACUCCACCAAGGAGGAGGUUGACGCCUUCUACAAGUUCUGGGGUAAGUUCGACUCUUGGAAGUCUUUCGAGUUCAAGGACGAGGAUGUUCCAGAUGACUCUGCCAACAGAGACCACAAGCGUUACAUCGAGCGUAAGAACAUCUCCAACAGAAAGAAGUUGAAGCAGGAGGACAACAAGAUUCUCAACGAGAUGGUUGGCCGUGCCCAAAAGGAGGACCCAAGAAUCAAGGCCUGGAAGGAGGCCAUCAAGAAGGAGAAGGAGCAGGCCAAGUGGGAGAAGGGUGCUGGCUCUCGUGCUGCCGCUGAGGCUGCUGCUAAGAAGAAGGCCGAGGAGGAGGCUGCCAAGAAGAAGGCUGACGAGGAAGCUGUUCUCGCCAAGGCCGACGCUAAGAAGGCCAAGGAGGCUGCUAAGUCUGCUAAGAAGAAGAACAAGAGAGCUGUCAGAGGUGCACCAAAGGCCGCCAACUACUUCGGUGACGAGGCCAAGGCUGAGAUCAUUGACGGUGAUGUCGACUUGCUCCUCGAGAAGUUGGAUGACCUGCAAUUGGUUUCCCUUGCUGCUAAGAGCGAGGGUGAUGCCGAUGCUGUUAAGGCUGCUUUCGUUGAGAUGGUUAGCGAGUUGACUACUUCUGGUACCUUGAAGGCUUCUUACGUGAAAUACUUCGUUUAA